GCGCCGCGCCAGGCCGAGCCGAGGCAGACUCACCCGCGAUUCGUCCGCGAACGUCUCUCGGAGCGUUGCGAACCGCCAAUUUGCCGUCAAGGAAGGUCGUCCGCGGGCCGCGACUCCGUGACCACCUCGACGUCGUGAACGCGUCCGCAGGUUCCUCCAGGAUGGGCUGGGCCCCGGGCGCGCUGCUGACGGCGCUCGCAGCGCUCGUCGCCGUCCGCGCCCAGAUCACCGAGCCCGGCAUCUGUCCGUUCAGCACCCCGGUGUCGGACUGGAACGAGGAGCAGUUCGUGUCGGAGCCGUGGUACGAGAUCAAGGCCUUCGCGGUGCCCGGGGUGCACGACGCAGCCUUCUCCCCCGGCUGCACGCGCUGGCACUUCGCCAAGUCCGACGACGGCCUCGGCCUGCACGCCCGGCUGGCGUACCGCGGAAGGGAGGGGGACGGCAUCAUCCGUGCGUUCGCCCAGUACACCAACUCGGAGAGGUACCCCCGCUUCAACCUGACGUUCCACGACCUGGCCGGCGCCGCCGCGCCGCGCUCCGUGGACAUGAAGCUCAUCGCCACGGACUACGACGACUUCGCCCUGCUGUGGGGGUGCAACGAGCCCAACCUGUUUGAACGCAACGUGGUGUCCUGGGUGCUGAGCCGGCGGCCGUUCCUCUCCGAGGCCGCGCAGGAGGCGCUGAGGAGCGCGUUCCGCAAGCACGACAUCCGGGCCGAGAAGUUCGUGGACACGGACCACGACCAGCAGACCUGCGGCGCGCCCUACAUCUCGGCCGCCAUGAGCGCGCGGCCCCUGCCGGGCGUGGACGACGGCGUGGACAGCGUGUUCGCCGCGUACCGGCCUGGACAGCAGGCCGCGGGGCUUCACGCCGAGCAGGAGACGUCGCCGUCCUCGGACCAGCCUAGCGACGACGAUAGCGCGUCAGCGGACGGGGUCGACGCGGUCGACGCGGACGUGUCGUGGAACUACGUGGGCGCGGCGUGGCCGCUGCUCAGCUCGCAGGCGGUGCUGGUGGCGGUGCUGCUGGCGCUGGCCGUCGUGUCGCUCAUCGCCAGCCUCCUCACCUUCCGCGCCCUCAUGCAGCGCGUGCAGCGGCGCCGCGGCGUCGGCGCCUCCAAGCCCAUGCUGCCCAUGCACCGCCAGGACGUGAUCGUGGCCACGCUGGGCCCCGUCGUCGACUACAGCCGCUUCGGCGGCCUCGGCCAGGGCCUGGUGCAGACCAGGAAGCACGCCGCCGACCAGGGCAGCCAGGGCGACUGGCCUCGGACAUGACUCGGCCAGACGGGCCAGUCCCGGCCGCGUCCACGCUCCCGGCCAUCCGGAGCUGCCGUCCUACGGUAGGGCUCCAGCUAGCCCCGUAGCCUCCCCCCCUCCCUUUCAUCCAGUUUGCUCGUUUGGCCCUUUGCCUGGUCCCCUUUCCACAUUCUGUUCAAGCUUCAAGUCACCACCGUAGAAAUCUCCUCUGAAUUUCUAACUGCGUAUUAUUGUGUUCAAUGAAUCAGGUCACGUCACAUCCCGUUCCCCUUGUAUUUAGCCUGAAAUUUGAAAGUUUCUCAGAAAAGUUAAAAAAAAAUGUAUAUUUUUGCCAAAGCUCUCAAUUGACAACGACUUGGCCACAGUUACUACUUACUCCUCACUGUGAUUAUUUUCUUCUUAUGAGGCUUGUCUUUCUUGCCAAAUAUUUGCCCACUAGACACACCACAUCAAAUCAGUUAGUAUUUACGUGAUGUGUUCAGUGGGCAACAGUUAGCUAAUUGUGUCAAAAUCUUGUACCAAAUAUUUUUUUAAAAACUAACGUAUGGUUGGUCUUAUUGUAAGGGUAUUGAUGUUAAAAUAUAUUUUUUUAGUUGUAUAUUGUUAUAAUGUUGCCACAAAGUGUGUCAAAUAAUUUUAGUGUGAUAAUGAAACAAGACAAAGAAGAGGGUUUCCCACUUUGGGAAUCAAUUAAAAGCUACAAUUGAUUUCCAUUGACGUGAGGUCAUGACUAAUAUUAGGAACGAAUGGGUAUCACGCGUGUUUGCUAGUAUUACUAGAUUGGUUCAAUCUAAAAGUAUAGAGUGUCGUCUCUUGCAAAGGUUAAAUGUAUAACGACAAUCUGCACAAGCUCUGCUUUUUCCUUUGCCAUUAUUUAAACACGGCUUUUGUGAUCAAUACUAGGGAAGUCUCUCUGUGGCCAUACUGUGCUAAUAGUCAUUUUUUUUGGUGUAAUGUUAAACUACUGUAUUAUAAACAAGCAUCCAACUUUGUGGUGGGAAAGCUGUCGUGUGAUGUUACAACAAUACACUCAAAGAAAACAUGGCGUUAGGUAUUGUGUAAGUGACAGCUCUAGCCGUGGCUGUUGCGAUCAUUCUGUGAUGAAUAUUGUAAAUGUGCCGUGACUAAUUUAUUAUUUUUGUACCGCCAUAGCAUGUAAUAAGUCAUCUUUCUUUCCAAAAUGCUAUGUUUGCCUUGUUUAAAUAAAUUGAACUCAUCUUGAGAAA